GGACUGUUUGUCUUGCUAAUAUCAAAUAGAAGCUCAUUAUGGCAAUUGAUGAGUAAAGGAUGCAUUCUCAUCGGGCGUUACACAGAUUCAGAAAUAUUAGCCCAUUUUUCUGUGGGUUUUUUUAUGUACUAUGGUGUUAUAUGGCUCUUAUCAUUCCUUGCACAAAUACCAGUGUUCCUGACACACAACAAACCAGUCUUCAAUGAGUUUAAUCUCCUGAUUAUGAUACAAUGUCUUGUGAUUACGUAUGUGAUUGUUUCUUUGUUUGAAGGCCCAUGUUCACGAAUGGUAAUUGCUUAUGUAUCCAAUGCUCCUGAUGAGGAAAAAAACCUAAUAUUCUUCCUAUUUGGAACUAAUUUAACACCCAGAAGGACUUGCAGUGUGUCUGAAUCCUUCAGACUAGACACAGGAAGGAGAAAUUCGAGAGCAUUUAUGCAAAUUAUCAGAACCUCAACGAUUAUGAGGCGUAAAGCCAGACAAGCCCGUCGAAGAUUAGAGAGUAGAAGAAAGACUGAGGAAGCUGCAGCAAUAGCCGCUGCCCAAGCUGCAGAUUCUCGAGCACAAAUGGCUAUUAGAAGAGCAAAACAUGUUGGAGCCCCGCGACUCACCAAAAGAUUUCGUAAAAGAACCUCUGCUCAACCAAGACCGGUGAGACUCUCUCAGAUUGAUUUUGUAUCUACCACUGACAUUCAAGAUCCACAACCUGGACCUUCUUCUCAAGUCUCUCAGAUGGAUUUUGUAUCUACCACUGACAUUCAAGAUCCACAACCUGGACCUUCUUCUCAAGUUGAGAGGAUUCCACCACUGGAUGAAGAGUAACUGUUACCACAUCCAAAUAAGUGUUAAUAAGGAAUGUAUUAUUUGAUAAGAAACUGUCUGUGUAAGUCACCAGUCUUGUCAGUCAUUCACAGCCACAUACAGAACUUUAUUAUUUAUUGUAUAUGUAAAAAGUGUUUCUGUUAUGUAGUAAAUGUUAUCUUGCAUUUUAGUUUAGACCUCACGUUGUCCUACUUAUUGUGUGUGUUCCAUUCAAAUCAUUUACCAAUUUUAGUAAUGGAAAUAAUCAACAGGGUAUCGUGGCUACAGGUCAAAACAAAACCCAGCUGUGCCAGAAGAUUUUUUAUAUUCCUAUUUCAUUGUAAAAUUUAAAUUUUCAAUAUUAUUUCCUAUUUCAAUAUUAAAUUUUAUCUUUUAA